ACGUUCCUGAGCCUGCCUCCGUGCAAGAGCUCUGCAUGAUGCCUGCAUCGAGGCAUGAAUUCCAGCCGCCAAAGUGACUCGGAUGCUGCAUCAAACGCAGCUCAGGCCAAGCAGGCCGCAUGCCUUGAAUGUCGCCGAAGCAAAGUGAAAUGCACGCGUGACCCUAAUGCUGCGGUAUGUCGAAAAUGUCAGCAGGCCGGGCUACAAUGUGUGACCCCCGAAUACCACGUCGGUCGAUACAAAGGUGUCAAAAACGGACAGGUCUGGAAAAGGCAAUCUAUCAGGUCGAGCAGGCACUCAAGCGCACCAAAGAUAGCUCAACGGGCUUAAGUCUUGAGGCGGAAACAGAUCUUCGACAAUUGAUAUCUACACCCCAGCCUGAGCGGCUGCGACGGGCAUCUAGUUCACAGACACCAAGUACGGCCGUGCCGCAAGCUUUUGCUCAACCCCAUACCGACUCGCAGGAGUACAACGGAAAUGGCAGCUCCCCUAUUGAUCAUGAUGUCCCGCCACCAGCAGCAGCAACAGCAGCGGUCGGUGAGAAACCAGACGAACUCGCUCUCAACAAUGCCGAUAAUCCACUGCAACUGCUUGCCAUGGCCUCGGUCUUGCCUGGCCAAUCUCCAUCCACCCAUAUGUCAACGUCCCCGGCUGUUUUUGCCUCGCAUCAAUCAACCAACGACCAUCACCUCGCAGAUGCCGACAUCCAGCAGUUCUUUGGACUGCUCAUGUCUAACUUGGACAAUUCGCCAGACCUGGAUCCCAUUGAGCUAGGCUUGGUGACUGCCGAGGAAGCAGAUUCUCUCUUCACUUAUUACCACGAUCGAUUGUCGCACACUCGCUGGGGCCUGGAUCCUAUCCUCCACACUGCUGCCUUUGUGCGAUCAAGGUCGGCAUUCUUGUUCACUUCCAUCUUGGCUGCAUCUGCAUUGUUUCUGCCGAAAGCGGAAGCUCUCUCUAAGCGUUUGGCAGGUCAUCGGAAUCACCUGGUACGCACAGUCAUCUACAACAGGUACAGAUCCGUGGAGAUUGUCUUGGGCUUCAUGGUCAACAUCCCCUGGAUGACGCCAGCUAAGCAUUGGGCCGACGAUGAAACUUGUGCAUACUUGUCGGCAGCACUUACGCUAGCCCUGGAUCUUUCACUGAACAAGAUUGUUGUGCCGUCUCCGACUAUCCGACCUGCGGGCUUCUUAGACCGGGUUGCCAAAGCUGAGUGUAUUGACUCUACGAGAGCGCUGCAGAUGGAUGGCUUUCCCAACAUUGACCCCACGUCGGCAUGGGGCAGACGUCUGCUGAGGACUCGCGAGCGAGUGUGGCUGGCUUUGUUUGUCCUGGAUCGCGGUAUUUGCCUAGCUCGAGGUCGACCGUACGCAGUGCCUAUCGGGCCAUUGGUCGAGAGCUGUGACACUUGGCAUAUUUCGGAUAUUGCGGAUCGAUGGGAUGGUAGCGUCACUUCUGCCGCUGUGCUCAGACGAGAUUUGGUUGGCCUCAUCACAAGUGUUCGUGAGUUUUGUGAUGGGAGUCAAGGCGCAAACGGCGGCUCAACCGCGGUCAGAUUUCUCAAGGACAAGAUUGAUCGCUUCUUCGAGCAAUGGUACGCUGUGUGGUCCCGACAAAUCACGCAAGGAGAUGGUCAACUACCACCCUACGUUGAGAUUUUGGUUUCCCACACAAAACUAUCGACUUAUUGCAACGUCGUCAACCACCCGACCGCAUCGAAUGAUGUCAAACAAUUCUUCCGCGCCGCCGGCCUUGCUUCAGCCAUGAACGUCAUGCGCGCGGCAGUCCACGGCGAAGGUCGACUAAAAUCUGUGCCGAACAACACGGUCAUCAUGGUAUCUUUUGCAGCGUGCUUCGCUCUAGCCCUUGGCACCACCAGUUUCGGGAACCGAGCAAACCUAGCUCCGAAUGCGAGAUCGCUCAUUGAAGAGACGACCCAGGUCUUGGAACGGAUAGGAAGCUCACCACGGCACCGCAAGGGCUUGUCGGUUCUUUUCGCCAGACACAUCCGCCGGAUGUUGCAAAGCUCCCUGCUCAAUCCAGCCGAGGAAAAUCAAACCAAUGCCGCUGAGCAAGCGUUCUCGCAACAGCCAAACAUGGGGUAUGGUUCCACCAACAACACGUCGAUGGGUGUCUCGAACGUUUCGGCUGAGCCAUAUGUCUUCGACAUGACUGAUGACCAGAUUUUGGAGGCCAUCAACAAUGCUAGCGCAUCACAAGAAUUGUUUCAACUUGAUGAGACAAUGUUCAUGGAUUGGCUGGAUUGGCCGAACGUGACUUGAGCUCGCGAAGUAUAAUAUGAACCACCUCUUGACACAAUCAAUCGAGCUAGGCUUUUUGGACAGGCGCAGCUGCGACUAGGGGCUUUGCGGGGCUUGCAUCUCUCGAUAGGUUGACGAGUUUCUGGAGUUGUUCGAUGAAGAUAAAGGUGAGGACGGUGUUAGGCGCUAGUCGCAGCCAAGCUGGAGUCCAGCCUUUCAUCAGGAAUCGUGGCCCUUCAUUUCGGAACGAGUCGACGAU